UCCCCGUGUGUCGCAAUGGCCGCUGAUAGCGGCGGUUAUAAAGGGGCCGUGGAGGGAGGGGGGGGCGCAGCGCAGCGACGGAGGUGCGGGGACAGCGGUGACUGCGAGCGGUGCCCCCGAGCCGCCACCAUGGGCCGCGCUCUGCUCUUCCUCCUCCUCCUCCUCCUCCUCCUCCAGGGCCGGGGGGAAACCGCGACCACCGCGCCCCCGCGGGGUGACGGAGGGACCGCGACGGUGCGGGGGCUGCUUGCGGAGGUCGCUCCCCCCCUGCAGGCACUGCGGGGUCGGGGGUUUCCGUGCGGGGCGUUGCUCCCCGACGCCCUCCCCGGUUUCUCCCGCAUCCCCCUGCUGCCCCGCGCCACGUCCCGCGCCUCGUUGGCGCUGGCGCUGAACGGGGCCGGGUGCGAGGCGGAGGCGGAGGCGGCGGCGCGGGGGCUGUACCGGGAGCUGAGCCCCCCCGCGGCCAUCGCCCUCCUGCGGGGUCUGGCGGGGCUGCGGGACGUCCCCGCGCACCGCACGCUGCCGCUGCUCUCCAGCCUGGCCCGACUGCGGCGGCGUUGCGCUCUCCCCCGCAACGAGACCCGCACCGGGACGUUCCGGUGCCGUCGGCAGGCGGAGGACGACGCGUGCAGCCCGCCCGGGGAGCGCGAGGCGCACGGGGUGCUCGAGUGGGUGCCGGGCGUCAACGCCGUCUACAACAUUGGCAGCGGCCUCUACUUCGCCUUCCAGGGCUGCGAGCUGCUCGCGUCCGAGCGGGCGCUGCAGGCGGCCGAGGAUUUGGGCUACGCGGCGCUGACGGCUCUCACCGGGGGCGGCCCGGUGGCCGUGGGCAUCCGGUUCGGGCUGCAGCCCGGUAUCAAAGCGGGGGUCCGCGCGCUCUACGGGUACUUCACCGCCGACGGGGAACCCCCGACGGCGCCCAGCGCUCACAGCGGCCCCGUCCUCGUGGUGUGAAUAAAGGCGCGUCCCCGCCCGUGUCCCUGUC